AUGGACAUCCUCAGCGCGAUUUCCGCCCUCUGCGGCUGGAUCUACACAAUCAGCUGGUCGCUCUCCUUCUACCCCCAGCCGCUCCUCAACGCCAAACGCCGCUCCACCUCCGGCACCACCGUCGACUUCCCGCUCCUUAACUGUCUCGGCUUUUUGUCAUACUUAUUGUCGACAAGCGCCAUGCGCUACUCGGCCACCGUCCGCGCCGAGUACGCCGCGCGCCACCACGGCCUCACGCCCACCGUCGCCGCCAACGACGUCGUGUUUGCUGCCCACGCUCUGUUGCUCUCGCUCUUUGUCGUGUCACAGUACCUACUGCCGCAGAUCUGGGGCUGGCACAAGAACGACGAGGAGCCUGCUGAGGAGGGACUGUCUGAGGGUGACGCUGCGACCCUGUCCGACGACCGUCCGCAGCAAAACGUGCGCCGGCGCCGCCUCCCGCGCGGCAAUGACAAACCCUCCCACUUUAUCCUGGGCGUCAUGGCCGGUUGCAUGGCCGGCGUGCUCUUUGUGACUCUGCUGGUCGUCCAGGGCAGCGGGGCUAGCCGUGGCGGGCGUGCCACCGACACCGACGCAGAAACGACCCCUUGGCAGUGGCUCGACGUUGUCUACGCCCUCGGCUACGUCAAGGUCAUCGUCACCCUCAUCAAGUACUCGCCCCAGGUCCUCGUCAACUGGCGCAACCGCAGCACCCAGGGCUGGAGCAUCUACACGAUGAUCCUUGACUUCGUCGGCGGCAUCCUCAGCAUCGUCCAGCUGCUGCUCGACAGCUACCGCCAGCACGACUGGUCCGGCGUGACAGGCAACCCCGUCAAGCUGCUGCUGGGAAAUGUCUCCAUAUUGUACGACCUCGUCUUCUUCACGCAGCACUAUGUGUUGUACGCAGAGAGCAGUCGCGGCGAUGGCAAGGACCUGGCGCACGAGGAAGAGGCUGUGGAAAACAGCCGGACGCAGCCGACAGAGCGUGAUCGAUUGUUAGAGAGGCAGUAA